CAAGAGGCACUGGGAGAGAGCGAUGGGGCUGAGAACCUAGCAAAUGCUGCAGUAAGGGAGGGGGGGAGAGCUAUAAGAGACAGUGUUCCAACUGUUGAAUUUUCGCAAAUCUCCACUUACCUACGGACGGCUUGUACUGUGGAUCUGUUUUCUCUGAAAUCGACAUUUCUUUUGCAUAUGGUCUGGUUAACGUUGGCUAAUGCCUUACUGAAAGGUGCCACCCUUCAAUGAGACCGAGAGAAGAAUUUUUAAAAAUCCCUCUACAACAGACUGCAGAAUUAACUAUGUACAGUGACUCCGGACUCAAAUAAAGGAGAAAAAAACAGCACAGAACUGAGACUUGGAACUAGAGCUGUGAACAUUUCAAUGGGAACCUGUGCUUUCCCCCCCGUUAAUGUGCAAGAUUUCUGGGUGUUUCACACAUAACACUGAGGAAAGGUGGCUAAAAACACUCAGCAAAGCAGGAGACAGACGCGCCUCUGUGCCCGUGAGUGGAUAACAGCCUUGUUUUCCUGAUCCCCAGACUCCCGGAGAAAGAGGUAUAGUAAAAGUGCAGCUGGAUCCGACACCCUCCUCUUUCUUCCCCUCUCUCUUUUUUCCUUCAAAACAUGAAUCUGAUUUCUCUGUCUAUAGCGUGAGUCAGAAAAGCGUUAGGAAGAAGCUGCAACUAAUGUCUGUGAAGGGAGGAACAUGAGGCGAUAGUGAAUGUGAUUUGUUCCGCUGGAUCUGACUCAUCCAGCAGAUUGAAACACCUGCAUUUCUGGAUGUGUCAAUCAUUUCUUUUCGGCUGUUAAAAGAACCUGAAAUAAAAUUUAACACUCCCCCCAUAUAUACCUAUACAUAAUAUCACUGGGGAGGUAAAUCAUCCCGGGUGAACGCAUCUGGCAUUGCAGCCGCUCUUUCCCCAUACACCAAGAUGCACAGAAAGACUAUUACAGCUUGAAAAGACUGCAAAAUGCAUCACACCAAACACUGAAUUGUAUUUGUUUUAUUCCAAAAGAAUUGUCGAUCAAAAUAUUUGCCUCUUUUUAUUCAUCGCCAAGAUUCCCCCUCCACUAAAUGAAGAGGACUAGGAGGCAGUGUCACUGGAAGGAGAUGCUGAAUAGAAAGAAAAGAGAGGCACUUGACAGCUCAGCCUUGUGAAUGCAGAGACUGUUUCCCUUUUAGCGAGAGACUAAGAGAGUGUGUGUGUGGUGGGUUGCUUUUAUUUUUUUGUUCCUCCCUCGCUCUCUUUUUUUUUAAAUCAGUGCAUCCAGCCAUGGGUUGCCUGUUGAUUUCCUCUCGAGUAGAGAGAAAAGCAAAGUGGAAUUAAACUGCAUCGAAAAGUGCGGCUCCACAGACACACACACACGCAGUGUGAGUGAGAGAGAGAGGAUGUGGUGGUGGCGGCGGCUACUGGCCUGUCUUAAAGAAACCCAAGUGUGCAUUUGAUUGAGCACAGCCUGUGAUUUUUUUAAAAAAAAAACACAUCUAUCGCUAGUGAUGACGAGCAGCUGGUGGGUUUCUUAAUUCCCCCCCCCCAAAAAAAAAAAAAAAAAGAAAAGAAAAGAAGAGAGGGAGGCUAGUGGCGCGGGUAGAGAAAGGAAACUACAAAUCCGGACACUAGUUUUCACACUGCAAUUUUCCUCCCCUCUUUUUGUUGUUCGGCAAGGAAAGAGUGAGCGUGGAGGAGCCGGCGAGGGGGAAAUACCGAUGGCAGCGAGAUGCAGUUCUCCGCCGCAAGCAAUGCAAGAUUAGAUCUCUAAAUGCAGCAAAACACUCCCUGAAAACCAACAACCCCGCGGUGCAAUCAGACAUUUCACUGCCUCUCACUGCACACGGAGCGGGCUUCUACACAGGCGAGAGACUCUUUUUACCCCCCUCCCCCGCUGUCUCCCCCUCCUACCCACCCUCCACUCCAUCAGUCGCAUCACAAGCAAUGAGUAGCAAAUAAGCGUUUUCUGUUUACGGUCCUGCUUCCCAACAGCCAGCUCCUUUUUCUAUAUAUAUAUUUUUUAAUUUCUUGGACUGAUCUGGAAAACCACCACUGCCACCGAUCAUUUUUUAUACUCUUUGUAAAUCGGCGGAUAUUAACGGGGAAAAAAAUCAAACAACCAUUCGGAUCCGUCUAAAGAAGAAGGUAUAUUUUUAUUCUCCUCCUCCUCCUCCAGCUGAAGUUGGGCAGCCUAAGUAACUGUGCGGGGAUUGUGUGGCCGCAGAAGCGCUUGAUUUGAGGCUGCUUUUCUCUCGCUCUCUCGCCCCUCCCUGCGAGCUACAUGCUCCAUUUGCUGCCCCGCAUCCUGUGUCUCUGCAGAUGUUUUAGAGCAACAGGUUCAGCAACUUAAAACACAGGGGUGGGGAGCGGGGACAGAAGAAGGGAGCGGGAAGAAGGCGGCGGAGGAAGAGGGGGCAGGGGCCACCCGGGUGCUGCCGCAGCUGCCACCACCCCCUGGCUCGGGGAUGUACCUUUCCAUUUGUUGCUUCUUCUUCUGCUGGGCUCCUGCCCUGACUCUGAAGAACCUGAAUUAUUCGGUGCCGGAGGAGCAGGGGGCGGGCACGGUGAUCGGGAACAUCGGCAGGGAUGCCCGGCUGCAAGCGGGGGCGGGCGGGCCGGCGCCGCCGCCGGCGGAGCGGGGAGGCGGCCGGGGGGCCAAGUCGACGUUCCGCGUGCUGGAGAACUCGGCGCCGCACCUGCUGGACGUGGACGGCGAGAGCGGGCUGCUCUACACCAAGCAGCGCAUCGACCGCGAGGCGCUGUGCCGCCGCAGCGCCAAGUGCCAGCUCUCGCUGGAGGUCUUCGCCAACGACCAGGAGAUCUGCAUGAUCAAGGUGGAGAUCCAGGACCUGAACGACAACGCGCCCGCCUUCCCCUCCGACCAGGUGGACAUGGACAUCUCGGAGAACGCGGCGCCGGGCACCCGCUUCCCCCUCACCAGCGCCCACGACCCGGACGCCGGCGACAACGGGCUGCGCACCUACCUGCUCACCCGCGACGACUACGGCCUCUUCUCGCUCGACGUCAAGUCGCGGGGCGACGGCACCAAGUUCCCGGAGCUGGUGAUCCAGAAGCCGCUGGACCGCGAGGAGCAGAGCCACCACACGCUGGUGCUGACGGCGCUGGACGGCGGCGACCCGCCCCGCUCGGGCACGGUGCAGCUCAACGUGCGCCUCAUCGACUCCAACGACAACAGCCCCGUCUUCGAGGCGGCCUCGUACGUGGUGGAGCUGCCGGAGAACGCGCCGCUGGGCACCGCCGUCAUCGACCUCAACGCCACGGACGCGGACGAGGGCACCAACGGCGAGGUGCUGUACUCCUUCAGCGGCUACGCGCCCGAGCGCGUCCGCGACCUCUUCAGCAUCGACCCGCAGAGCGGCCUCAUCCGCGUCAAGAGCAACCUGGACUACGAGGAGAGCGGCCUCAUCGAGAUCGACGUGCAGGCCCGCGACCUGGGGCCCAACCCCAUCCCCGCCCACUGCAAGGUCACCGUGCGCCUCAUCGACCGCAACGACAACGCGCCCGCCAUCGGCUUCGUCUCCGUCCGCCAGGGGGCGCUCAGCGAGGCCGCCCCGCCGGGCACCGUCAUCGCCCUGGUGCGGGUCACCGACCGCGACUCGGGCAAGAACGGGCAGCUGCAGUGCCGGGUGCUGGGCGGCGGCGGGGCGGGCGCUGUGCCCUUCGCCCUGGAGGAGAACUACGACAACUUCUACACGGUGGUGACCGACCGGCCGCUGGACCGCGAGGCGCAGGACGAGUACAACGUGACCAUCCUGGCCCGGGACGGGGGCAGCCCCCCGCUCAACUCUACCAAGUCCUUCUCGGUGCGGAUCCUGGACGAGAAUGACAACCCGCCCCGCUUCAGCAAGAGCCUCUACGUGCUGCAGGUGCCUGAGAACAACAUCCCUGGCGAGUACCUGGGCUCCGUGCUGGCCCAGGACCCAGACCUGGGCCAGAAUGGGACUGUGUCCUACUCCAUCCUGCCCGGGCACGUGGGCGACGUCUCCAUCUACACCUAUGUCUCCGUCAACCCCACCAAUGGCGCCAUCUAUGCCCUGCGGAGCUUCAACUACGAGCAAACCAAGCACUUUGAGUUCCGCGUGCUGGCCAAGGACUCGGGCUCGCCCCAUCGUGAGAGCAACGCCACAGUGCGCGUCACGGUGCUCGACGUCAACGACAAUGCGCCCCUCAUUGUUCUGCCUGCCCUCAUCAAUGACACUGCGGAGCUUCAGGUGCCACGCAACGCUGGCGUGGGCUACCCCGUGGGCACCGUGCAUGCCCUGGACAGUGACUUUGGAGAGAGCGGACGCCUCACGUAUGAGAUUGUCGAAGGCAAUGAGGAGCACCUCUUUGAGAUGGACCCCACCAGUGGUGAGAUACGCACUUUGCAUCCAUACUGGGAAGAACUCAGUCCCGUGGCUGAAUUGGUGGUCAAGGUCAGUGACCAUGGCAAGCCCAGCCUCUCAGCUGUGGCUAAGCUGAUUGUCAGGGCCUUGGCUGGACCACUGCCCGAAGCUGGUGAGCCACAGGUGAAUGGUGAGCAGCAUCGGCGACCACACUGGGACCUGUCGCUGCCCUUGAUUGUGACCUUGAGUACCGUCUCCAUCAUCCUACUAGCUGCCAUGAUCACCAUUGCUGUGAAGUGCAAGCGGGAGAACAAGGAGAUCCGCACUUACAAUUGCCGCAUCGCCGAGUACAGCCAUCCCCAGCUGGGAGGAGGGGGCGGCAGCAGCGGGGGAGGAGGAGGAGGCAGCGGUGGCGGGGGUAAGGGCAAGAAGAAGAAAAUCAGUAAGAAUGACAUCAUGCUGGUGCCCAGUGAGGGGGAGGACAGCAGGGGCCCCCUCAAUGUCAUGAACGUAGUGAGCAGCCCAUCCUUGGCCACCUCACCCAUGUACUUUGACUACCAGACCCGUCUGCCCCUCAGCUCACCCAGGUCCGAGGUGAUGUAUCUGAAACCCGCCUCCAACAACCUGACUGUGCCCCAGGGACAUGUGGGCUGCCAUACCAGCUUCACAGGGCAAGGAACUAACGCCAGCGAGGCUCCCCCGAGCCGGAUGUCCAUAAUUCAGACGAACUUCCAUGUUUCUUUAGAGUGGAAUGUCUGUGGGCCACCAGGACCAGAUCCUGAAACAUCCACCGGAGUUACUCAUACAGACAAUUUUCCCGCAGAGCCCAAUUACAUGGGCAGCAGGCAGCAGUUUGUUCAAAGCUCCACGUUCAAGGACCCAGAAAGAGCCAGCUUGAGGGACAGCGGGCAUGGGGACAGUGAUCAGGCUGACAGUGACCAAGACACUAACAAAGGCUCCUGCUGUGACAUGUCUGUUAGGGAGGCACUGAAGAUGAAAACUACUUCAACUAAAAGCCAGCCACUUGAGCAAGCAUUCCCGACUUUGCUUUCCUUUGCUAUCCUCACCCUACACACCAUCACAAGUAGACUUCAGUCUGUUGAUCUGCUUCUGCCAGAACAGCUAGGCAGAGGCCAAAGACCCAUUGUUGGGAUCUGUGGACCAGCCCGCUGUGAGGAAGGAAAAUUUUCAGAACAAGAAGAGUGUGUUAAUUGCACAGAUGAAUGCAGAGUGCUCGGUCAUUCUGACAGGUGUUGGAUGCCACAGUUCCCUACAAACAAUCAGGCUGAAAAUGCAGAUUAUCGCACAAAUCUCUUUGUACCCACAGUUGAAGCUAACGUUGAGACUGAGACUUACGAAACUGUGAAUCCCACCGGGAAAAAGACUUUUUGUACAUUCGGGAAAGACAAGCGAGAGCACACUAUUCUCAUUGCCAAUGUUAAACCUUAUUUAAAAGCCAAACGUGCCCUGAGUCCUCUUCUUCAGGAGGUUCCCUCAGCAUCGAGCAGCCCAACCAAGACAUGCAUUGAGCCUUGCACCUCAACAAAAGGACCACUGGAUGGUUGUGAAGUGAAAUCAGGAGCCUUGGCUGAACGAAGCAGCCAGUACUUGUCAACUGACAGUCAGUAUCUAUCACCUAGUAAACAGUCAAGAGACACUCCAUUCAUUGCAUCAGAUCAGAUGGCUAGGGUCUUUGCAGAUGUACAUUCCCGAGUGAGCCGAGACUCAAGUGAGAUGGACUCUGUUCUGGAGCAGUUAGACCGUUCAAAUCGGGAUCUAGGGAGAGAGUCAGUGGAUGCAGAGGAAGUUGUGAGAGAAAUUGACAAGCUUUUACAGGACUGUCGUGGAAGUGACCCUGUAGCUGUGAGGAAGUGAAAAAAAAAGUAUAGGCUGGCACUUACUUGCCUCUUCUGCUUAUCUG